AUGAAUCAACUGCGUAGUAAUCGUUGUCCAUCUGUUCAUCUAAUAAUAAUUAUAAUUAUAAUUGUUAUUAGUUCUUGUAUUGUUGCUGGUUUCUCACCCAAACUAAGGGUUGUUGCUGCUGAAAAAAACAAACAUAUUGCUAAGAGUCAAAAUUGGCCAAAUGUAAAUGAUCAAGAGAGUGAAGCAAGACGUUCAAGACGUCACGGCUUUGAUUAUUUACAAAUUAAAAAUUCCAGUUGUCCAAAUUACUGCGAAUGUGAGUAUAUCAUAAACAAUAACAGUCCUGAUAAUAUACCAGAAUUUUCUGUAUUUUGUCAUGAAGGUGGUCUCGAGCAGAUUACAUUCUCUAAGUUGUUAAAACAAAUUCCGAGAGAAGUAUCAAUACUUGAUGUUACGGCGCCAGAAGAUAAACCUAAUCAUCUCCUUUGGGAUGAUAACCUGAAUCAAUUGCGACAAUUGCGCAUCUUAAGAUUAGUCAACUGUGCUAUACCAGCUAUUAGUCGAGCACUGAAAUUACGAACCCUAGAAGUACUCGAUCUUCGUAAUAAUAAUAUCCAACAUCUGUCCGUGUCCAUAUUUUCCGGAAUACCAUCAAUACGAGAGCUGAAUCUUGCUGAGAAUUUAUUAAGUAUUUUACCCACAGGUGCCUUUACUUAUCUUAAAAAUUUGCAUACUUUAUCAUUAGCGCAUAAUAAUAUUAGCAAAGUUCCAGUUAAUCUGUUACGUGACUUGAACAAUUUACGAUCGCUCCAUCUAGAUGGUAAUCAAAUAUCUGUGCAGGAAUUUAACAAGCUUUUCGCAGAUAUUCCAAAUCUAAAACAGCUAGAACUUAAUGAUUGUGGGCUCAGUAUUGAUCUAAUUGAUGAUUUAGCUUUGGAUAAAUUCACAUCGCUUCAUCAACUUGGCCUAGCGGGUAAUAUGCUUGGCAAAGUGCCGGAAAGAGUGUUACGCAAUCGUUUAACCUCUUUGAUGACCCUUGACCUUAGUCGAAAUGGUCUGGUAGAAAUAAGACCCGAAGUAUUUGCUAAAUCAAAUAUUAGUCGACUAAUACUGGCUGGUAAUCGACUUGGAGCAAAUCGUAAUGCAUUAUCCGAAAAUUCUCUAAAAACUAACACAAAGCUACUUGAAUUAGAUUUAUCACGUAACAAUUUUGCUCACUUCCAUUCAGGAUAUCUUGGGAUAGUUCGAGAAACCGUGGAAGUUUUGCAUUUAAAUGGGAACCAUAUCGCUAGUAUUGAACAACAAUUAAUAGCUAAUAUGACAAAGUUAAAUAUUUUGCAUUUGGGUUAUAACUUCAUUGAAUAUCUACCAGAAAAACUACCAGAUGAAUUUGCACAAUUGACAUUUCUUAAUUUAUCCGGCAAUCAACUUUCUUCAUUACCAGAACACUCUCGAACAGCGUUACCUCUGCUCCAGAAAAUUGAUAUUUCUGACAAUCGAUUUGUGUCAUUUUCUAUUACAAUUAUUCAACAAUUUUUCAACAGCUUGGAAAAAGUUAGUCAACUUUAA